UCGGCCCGACUGCAUCUCCAUCGGAAAGUGAGCUCGCCAUCCCUUCGGCCUCCCGGGAGCGUUCUGUCUCCCACAGCUUGGAAACGGAGAAACCUUAGCUGUGAAGUGGCUGUGGAGAGAGCUCUGGAAACCGCACAAGUGGACAGGGACCCAGAGAGUGAGAGCGGGCGUAACCCUUGCCGUAGGAUCGCACACACCGGCGGGGACGCAGCAUCCCAGAGGCUGCGGACCCGCCCGCCCCGCCGCGCUCCUGCUAGGCGCGGUCAGUCCAGAGGACCCUCCGGGCACUUCGAACCUAAGGCAGCCGCCGGGAUCCCAGAGCUGCUACGCGCUCCCGGCGGGUCUCGGCAAACUUUUCCCCAUCCCACGUGCUAGCGAGGCGUCUCGCUUUCUGAGCCCUGGAUGGAGCUCCGCGCCUAGGCACGCCGCACAGCCUGAGACGUAAGUGCUCACGGUAGGCGACCCGCGCCUGGCCACCGCGACCACGGCGCUUGGGUACCCCACUGUGGGACCAAAGGACCGAAGAGCGCGCCUUUAACCCUGCACCCUCGGGAACUGUGGAGCUCUUUUCUUUUCCGGAGCGCCCGCGCAAAGUCCUUUCCCCAGGGUCGGAGCCUAUAGGUCUGCAGAGGUUGCUAAUUCACUGAUUGUAAUCACCUUCCUCUCCAAGUUGCGGGCAGCUGUGCGCUUGGGGUUAAGCUGCUCCGCUGCUCCUGCCAGGCAGUGAGUUCGCUUCCCCCCUCCCUCCCCUUCUUAAAUUGGGACGCGUGAAGAGGCAGCUGCCUCCCUGGGCCUCUCUCCACCCGGCUUCUCCUCCUCGUCUCUCAGGUUCAAGGCGGAAAGAUGCUGGUUGCGCCGAACUGACCAGUGCAGGCCCCUGGGCUAGUGGCGACUCCCCCUCGGCGUCUUCCUCAACAGCGCGGACGGCGCCGGCUCCUCGGAUGAGCCCUCCAGUUCCCCGACUUUGAGAGGCGUCUCUCCCCCGCCCGACCGCCCAGAUGCAGUUUCGUCUCUUCUCCUUUGCCCUCAUCAUCCUGAACUGUAUGGAUUACAGCCACUGCCAAGGCAAUCGAUGGAGACGCAGUAAGAGAGCUAGUUAUGUAUCAAAUCCCAUUUGCAAGGGAUGCUUGUCUUGUUCAAAGGACAAUGGGUGCAGCCGAUGUCAACAGAAGUUAUUCUUCUUUCUUCGAAGAGAAGGCAUGCGCCAGUAUGGAGAGUGCCUGCAUUCCUGCCCAUCCGGGUACUAUGGACACCGAGCCCCAGAUAUGAACAGAUGUGCAAGAUGCAGAAUAGAAAACUGUGAUUCUUGCUUUAGCAAAGACUUUUGUACCAAGUGCAAAGUAGGCUUUUAUUUGCAUAGAGGCCGCUGCUUUGAGGAAUGUCCAGAUGGUUUUGCACCAUUAGAUGAAACCAUGGAAUGUGUGGAAGGAUGUGAGGUUGGCCAUUGGAGUGAAUGGGGAACUUGUAGCAGAAAUAAUCGCACAUGUGGAUUUAAGUGGGGUCUGGAAACCAGAACACGGCAAAUUGUUAAAAAGCCAGCAAAAGACACGAUACCAUGUCCAACGAUCGCUGAAUCCAGGAGAUGUAAGAUGGCCGUGAGGCAUUGUCCAGGAGGGAAGAGAGCGCCAAAGGCAAAGGAGAGAAAGAACAAGAAGAAGAAGAAGCUGAUAGAAAGAGCCCAGGAGCAACACAGCGUCUUCCUAGCUACAGACAGAGCUAACCAGUAAAAUAAAAGACACAGGGUGGUGUUUUUUUUGUUGUUUGUUUGGUUGGUUUUUUUUCUUGGUUGGGGGUUGUUUUUGCAAAAGUGCACAAAGCUACUCUCCACUCCCGGACACUGGUGGGUUGCAUUUGCGCUGCUCGGACCAGUACCUGUUCCCAGUCACGUUGUGAGAGGAGGAGCCACGAGCGUGGUCUCUGUGUUAUUUAUGCUUUGAUUUGCAUCUGGAGACUGUGAAGGCGGGAGCUUGCGACCUGCAGCAGUGGCAGCAGGAGUAAGUGUACAGCAUGUGACUCAGCUCGCUGUGCCCCCAGAGAGAGCCACCCCUGGUCCCACAGAGGGGCAGGAGGUGUGAGGCUGCAGACCCCCCACUGGAGAAUUAAUUGACUUGUGCAUAUUUAUGGAAAGACAGCGCUUGGCAGGCAAAGUGCUAUUUCGCUUGUGACCUUUAUUUCUCAUAUUGCAUUUUCAAGGAUCAAGGUAUGUGGAUAUCUGCUUAGUGUUACCACACGUGGUUCCCAACGUCUGUUACCUUCCAACUCUUGUGCACGGAGACUGCUUUUAGCUGGGGUUCCGCUGCAGGAAUUCCCGUUCAGUUUCACAGCAGCUUGGAUGUGUACAUACUCUGCUGGGGCUACAUAUAAACCUCUUAUUUACUGUAUUUAUGCUUUCUUCUGUGCAACAAGUCAUACCUGAUUAAUAUUAUGUCACUUUGUUUCUAGUGGUUCCUAACCAUUGUCUGGUAAAUGACUGUUCUAGUUUUGCGAAUUGAUGAAUGUUUUUCUGCCCCUUGAAACUUCUUAACUUUUCUUUUCUUUGUGGGCUUAUUUCUCAUUGUAAGGAUAGGAUAAGCUAGUUUGUACAUAGGGUCAAAUGACCCCUGUCAGAGAAUUUGAAUAUCAAUAGACCUUCCCUACUCCUGACCCCAGCUAAAGCUUGAGGCCUCUGGCAGUCAGAAGCCAAAACUCCCUUUGAGUCUAAGAUGUGAUGACUUUAUGAAACACAACUGAAAACAUGAGGAAUUACAUGCAGUCACUUGUAGUACUCAUCAUGCAGUUUCACAGGUCAACUAGAGAAUUUUUCAAACUUUUAAUUGCAAACUUCAAUAUGUAUAGUUUCCAUUUAAAGCAGUUCCUGACUUGCAAUGACAGAGCAUCUAUCAAUAUUCUUAGGUCAGUGUAGAAAUUACCAUCUUAUGAGACCAUGCAUAGAACUGGAGGAGAAACAUAAUUCCUACAACUGCUGGUCAGAUCUUAACAGGACUCCUUUGAACCAGAAUUUCUUUCUUAUCCAAGACAGAGAGGAACACUGUGCAGACUUCCCAGGUGACUUUCAGAGCAGUUGUUUCAAAAACAUCACUGUCCACUUGGGGGAAUCAGUUCUUAGAGGGUUUUGAAUCGGCUUCUUCCAAAAGCAUCACUAUCUUCCUGGAUGAUCCAGAAGAAAAUUAGAACAAAAAGGAAUGGCUGCAGAUUUUUGAGGAAAAAUACAAAGGUAAAGCCUUUUUCUCACCUUGCAUUUGCUAAACUACCUCUUCUGUAUUUUUGUUUAACUUUUGAGUCAAAAGCAUCUUACCAAUAAAUAUGAAUGUCGAAUACGUCAUUAUGAAAAUACUAUUGCUAUGAGAUAAUAAGCCAUAUAUGAAUGUUGUAUACAACUUUAGGGUUUGCAUUUAAUCCUAAAGUGUUCACCUCCUUUCACAUCUAUUUACACUAUAUUCCUAUUUACUAAGUGGGGAGGGGGCUUCUUUAUAUAGUGCUUCAUCGUUAAUAAGUCAAUACCUGUUCUGUUUCUGGGAUGUCCUUUUA